CGUUAUUAAAUAACAGUAGGUAAUUGUUUAUGAAAUAAGUAAACAUUGUGAAUAGUGAUUGUAAACAUAAUAUUUAAAUUUGCAUGCAUUAACCGCCACAAUACUAAAUUAAGUUUCUAAAGGGAAUAUGUUUCGCACGUAAGUAAAUUCAUAAGUAUCAAUAAUAAAACAAAAAUUAUGGAAGACUUUAUUAGACAAACUUUAAGAAUAUCUGUUGCUCAAAUAUGCGAUAAUAUUGGUUGGCACUCAAUAACUGACUCUUCAAUGCAAAUUAUGACUGACAUCCUGCACCGCUAUAUAAGUGAUUUGGCCAUUUCAUCCAAAAAAUAUGCAGAACACGCAUAUAGCAAUGUGCCUGACAUAGAAGAUGUUGAAAAAGCUCUUCGUCAGAAAUCUGUUUCAUUGGCUGAAUUACGUAAUUAUGUAAAAAGUACAGGACCUGUAAAAUUUCCCCAUAAUUUACCCAAAUUAAAUAUACCUGGGAAAAAUGUGUUGAACCCAUUAAAACCCGGAAGUCGAGAAGUUGUUACCAGACCUAUUCAUAUUCAUGAACAUCUCCCGACUUUGUAUGCAGAACCAGUAGAAGAAGAAGAAAACACCACUGAUUCAGAAGAAAUUCAAAACAGCACAAUGAAUGAUAAGCAAGAACCAGAAGAUGUUAUUCUGCAUAAGCGACUUAGAGAAAUAUCGAGUGUAGUUAUGACGUCUGGUGGAUUUUUAUCUCCAUCUAGAGAAGGCCGAUUGGCUGAGUCUAAACUAUUACCAUUUCCAGAAAUUAAAAAUGACAAACCUCUUGAAACCUCUAAAUUAACUGGUAAUUUACCUAAUAUUAAAAAUGAACCAUCUAGUAAGGUUUCAUUAAAAAAAAAUAAAAUUAAAUCAAAAAAAAUAAAAUCGGGAACAAAGAAAAAACAAAAAGUUUCUAAAGAUGAAAAUUUACUUUUACUCUCAAAAGAAAUCAAAACAGAAGUAUUAUCAAAAGAAAAAAACUCUAAGGAAGAAGAAAUGUUAAUACCAAUAGAACCAAUUAUUGAACCCAAGAUUGAGCCUAUUAUGAAUGAACUUGAUGUUGUAGAUGUCAUUGAAGAGAUUCCAAAAAAAGGUAUUUCUGCUCAUCUCACAAACAAAGCAAAAAUGGAAGAAGUUUUACCUAAAUUUUCAUUUUUUGGUUCUUUACCUCAAGGUCCUGGAUUAAUACCAUCGACAUUUUCUCAAAUAGUUAAUACACCUGAUAUUGAUAAAACACCAAAACCAACCAGUCCAGUAUUAAAAGGAGACAAUGAUGUAAGUCGUAAGGAACAAAAGAAAAAGAAAAAGGACAAAAAGAAAGGGAAAAAAGAGAAGAAAAAACAGAAAGAAAAGGAAAAAGAAACAACAAAAGAAAAGAAAAAACAGAAAUCCAAGUGUACUAAUAAAGUGCCAAAAAUUAAACUUAAACUUGGAACUCGAAUGGAAACAAUUACAAAUUUAUUGCCUGAUAAGCCUUCAGAAGAAAUUAUAACAAUAGUUUCAAAACCUGAACCAAUGGAAAUUGAGGUAGACAUUGAAUCAAAAUCAGAUAUUUCCCUAGAUGUGUUAUGUGAUGACAUUAAAUCACCUCCUAAAGUUCCUAUUUCAAAAAGUAAAACUAAACUUAAUACAAAAACAAUACAGCCAGUUGUAACUCCUGUUGUUGAAACUCCUCCUCCUCCACCAUUCUACUUUGAUGAAGCUGGUAAUCAAGUAUGGAUUUGUCCAAUGUGCACUAAACCAGAUGAUGGAAGCCCAAUGAUUGGUUGUGAUGGAUGUGAUGUAUGGUAUCAUUGGGUAUGUGUGGGUAUCCAGUGUCCUCCAGAUUGUGCUGUUUGGUAUUGUCCAAAAUGUUUGGAAAAACGUGCACAACAACCCAAAGGCAAAAGAGGUAGACCUCGAAAAAAUAAAUUCUAGUAUUUAACUUUUAAUUUUAUGAUUAUUAUUGUUUAAAUAAAAUUACUGAUACCAUUAUGGUUUGUCUGAUGAUUAUAUAUACCUAAUAAUUGACAUUUAAUCAUGAAAUUGUUUGUGUUCUCAUAUGUUACAAUAUUAUUAAUUUACAUUAAAUAUUAAGUAUAAUUUAACACAUUAGAUGUAAAUUGAUCUCA